AUGUUCCAGCCUCACCCUGAUGAACAGUUCCACCUGCGUCUUCAUAGAGCCCGUUCAGUUGUGCUAACAACACAAGAGCUCGUCGAGGUCAGAGCAGCCCAACGCACUUUUGAAGGCGCCUAUGUCCGCACAGCCCUUGGCCAGUUCUCCUUCGCCCUCAUCAUUCUCAAGAUCUUCACAUCCGAGUUCUAUGCCAUCGGCGCUCUAUUUGCCGUCUACGGAGUUGCCGUGAUGCUUGUCGCCGUCUACCGUCGAUACGAAGGGCAGAAUCAGUUCUUCACUUCAGAAUCGUCAGACGGCUCCCUGAAGAGGAAGUUUAGGACGAGCGGAAACAGCGUGUUGCUGCUAACUGUGUUGAGUCUGAGCGCCUACGUGACCUUGAUGAUUCUGACAUGGCGUCUGGUGUGA